CUCUAGUUUCGUUAUCAAUAUUUGUAACAAAAUUUAAACCGGCUGAGUUUUCCUUGUUAUUCUUUUCGCAUGCUUGUCUUUUAACAAGGACAGCCGAGUAGAUUUUAUCGGCAGUGAAAAUAUUUUUCCUUCGUAUAACAGAAAUCGUCUGCAAAAUUUGGAAACUUCCGGGUUGUAACCAGAUUGAAUAUUUUUAUGCAGUGGCGGAGGAGCAAUCUCAGAGUUGGGGAAGGGAGGGUGCAGUUAACGCGUACCCAUAUUUUUGGACAUUUCUAACAUGCCUCAUUUAAAAAAGAAGAAGAGUUUUGUCGCACCGUUUUCACAAACCACAAACGUCAGUUCACAGAAAGCAGACGCCCAAUUCCAAUUGCCUCAAAAGAAGGGAGGGAAGAAGGAACUAUCUCCCGUGCACAUUGGCCGCAACGUGCAGAUUAUUACGCCACAAACGAGACAGAAAAUCAAGCAAAGAUUCGCACUGGAAGUCUCGAGCGUAUCUUUGCGAGCCACGUCACCUGGAGUAUACGUGCCAUUUGACCUUAGUCAGACGAGCUGUCUUUCACAGUCAGCUGUUGCACAAGAUGAAACCGAUCAAGAAGAAACAGAUGGAGCUUAUAUAAACAAUGAACUUGGAGAACUUCAUAUUCCUACCGACCAGAAUGUGCACUAUUGUGCAGAAAAAUAUGACCUAGUUGAAACAGACCAAGAAGACAAUAAUGGAGCUGAAGUACACAGUGAAAUCAAAGAAAUGCAUACUGGUAUUUCAACUGAUCAAGAUAUGCAAGUUUUUGACGAAGAAUAUGACUUAGAGCUACUGGAAGAGGUCAGGGACAUAGAGGGUACUGUGAAGGAAAACAGAAAUGAGACCGUUUUUAACGAAAUCACUAUUGUCAAUCAAGAAUCUGCUGUAAAGGAUGAGUCAAAAGAAUUAAGAGAAAUAGAACAAGAUAUUGAUGCCAAAAAGCAUAAGAAAAGUAAUAUCGGUGAUGAAAAAGAAUCAGAAAAUUUAUCAACAGAGGCAUAUAAUUUGAACAAAGCUGAAACAAAUAAACAUGCAACAGUUAAGUCCCAGCAAAAGAGUAAAAGAAAAAAGAAAAACAUUAAACCAAACAAUGCUCUUAAAACCAAGAUGUUUGGAAAACGAAUUGUAAAGAUGAAAAUAUUGAAAGGAAAAUGGAAGUUUUUUAACCCCAAAAAUAGUUCCAAGAUUAAUUGUGAUGAAACAAGUGAUACAGAAAGCACGAGCAAGAUUCAAGAGAAGAAGAGGAAGAAAGUAAUGAUUGAUUUAGCUGAUAAUGCUGGGAAGGAUUCCAUGGAGACGAGUGAUUUCCGUCCAUUAACAUCAUCAUACCGUUCUCAGAAUGUUUGUAAUCGUAAGAGCAACAGUAAACGUUCUUUUCAAAUGGUGAAGCAGGAAGUUUUGGACACUUUAUACAAGAUGCAUGAAGAGAUACAAGAGCUGGUGGAACGGAGGAAGCAGUUGUACAGAAAUAUUGACAGUCGUGAAAAGCCAGACAGACAUUCUGAGGAAGAUGUAAUUCAUACCAAGCAAAGUAAAAACGAUGUAUUGCAAGAAGAAUGAGCAAUUUAUAAACGAAGAUUUAUAUAGAAGUUUUGCUUUUCAACAUUAAGUUCAACGUUUACUGUUCCUUGUUACUUCAUAUCAAUUAAUUAGGACUGUUCGUAGAUAUUCUUUCAAACCAAUCUUAAGAAUUAGAUUCUAUUUGAUAAAUGCCAGCCAUUAUCGUGUUCCUUAUUACAAAACAAAACCACUGACUGGCCAGGAAAAAAAUAAUUGUUAGAAACGGACGUGAAACAGUUAACAUAUAUCUGAAUAAUCAACAAGAAUAAACACCUACGCAGAACAACAUUGACCUGACAUGAAUGCCCACCACUUCUUUUUUCCCCGAGAGACCAACAUAACCGAUUUUAUGUGAAUGCAAUUGUCUGUGAACAUUUUCUUGCAAACAGUGGACGAGCACUACAUGAAUGAUUCCGGAAUACAUUAAUCUAGAAAGAUUGUAGAUACAGGACACCUAUGAAGAGUGACAUACCAAUAACGACACUUGAAUGGGUAAUAUAAUUGCUUUUGUGCGAACAUGAAAGAUAUACAUUACAGAAAUAACAUAUAGCGUAAUCAAUACCAAAACCAUAAUAUUCUUAAGACGGCUGCAGUAUGGUGUAUGAAAGGGCGUCAGAUACUUGAAGAACACUUAAAUAGACAACUUGAAAACAUUUAUAUUUACUAAUUGUUCAUGUAUAAAGUUACUACUUCUAUUUAUAGCAGUUGAAAACCUUGUCGCUAACUUGUUAGAUAUGUGAAGUUUGAUGUUUUCUGUUAAACUAUUUGUUAUUCCC